GAAAGCAAAGCGCUGGAUUCGCUCAUAAAGACCGCAAAACUGCAAAAGUCAACUCUGUGCCCCGCACAUUGUCCACACUCGACGUAGCACUCAAGGAUUUGCCAAUCAACAUGGUCAAGCACAUUUACCUCACACUGGCUGCUUUGCUCAUCAUGGCCUUGGCCGUGAGCUCAGCUCCCACUAAUAUGGAGCAUGAGGUGGAGGCUGUUAAGGACAGCGAAUUGAUAGUCUUGCGUAAAACGCGAGCGGAAAGCUCGAGCGUGGAGAGCGAUGAGGAAGCCGACGACGAUGAUGAUGAUGAUGAGGCAGAGCAAAAGAACGAUUCGGCUGCUGAUGAUGAUGAGGAAGAGGACGACGACGACGAUGAUGCAUCAUUCAUUCGCAGACGUCGCGAAGCAGCAUCUGAACCUGCCAAGGAAACCACUGAAGCUGAGGCUGCUUCCGAAGCACCCGCUGCACCAGUUGAGGAGCACAACGCUGUCGUAGAUCCUAGCGCAAGCGAGUUGCCCACCACCACCCGCAAGCCAGUGUUGGUGCUCAUACGUGAUGCACUCAAUAAGGUCACCACGGGGCUGCCCACCGAGCAGGUGACCAAUAAUGCGCUGCAAUAUUUCCAGCUCUUCCAGCACUUUAUUCAGCAGACCAUCGAGCAGGUGAUUGAUGCUGCCGAUGACGAUGAAGAUGAGGUGAGUCCAGCAACCACUGUAGAUGAGGACAAAAAGGAAGAGGAGGACAAGAAGGAGGAGGAGGAUAAGGUCACCGAAGUGCCUGAGAAGCAAACUGAAGAGGCUGCUCUUGUCGCCGAAGUUCCAGCUCCAGUUCCCGCUGACAACGAAGCAAAACCCGCAAAGCCCGCUGCAGCUAGCAAUGCAGUUUAAUGCGCUGCACAACAAAAAAAUACCUCAACUAUAUAUUUAAUUUAACUAUUUAUUGCUUAGUUUUUAAAUAUAAAAAAUACAUCGAAAAUUUUUCAAU